CACCGGCCAUAUUGUAAAGUCUUGGAGUCGGAUUAUCAUAAAUCGAAGAAGAACCUUGGCCACACUUAUAUUUACUAGUCUAGUCCAGCCCUAAAUUGCCAUAGACUCCACCAAGUCGUCCCCCAACUCUCAUAUUCACUUCCCCACCUCACAGUCUUGAUUUCAUUUUACACCCACGUGCACCCCUCGUUAAUAACCAACCAUAGUAACAAAACUUAUUAACAUCAACACAACACAACAACCUCCUUACCAGGCAAUUCCGACUCGACGCAAAAAUGUCACCUCCUCCAACCAAAGCCAUAGUUCUCAUCUCGGGGAAUGGCAGCAAUCUGCAAGCACUCAUUGAUGCUUCGCAAGGGACCAGUGACUCGGAAAUCACCAUGCCAUAUGUGAAGAUAAUUCGAGUCAUCACAAAUAGAAAGGCGGCGUAUGGAGUUACUCGUGCAGCAGAGGCGGGCAUCCCAACAACAUGUCACAAUUUGUUGACGGGAAAAUACCACAAAAAAGAUGAGAAGGACCCCGCAGUGAUUAAAGCUGCGCGAGAAAAGUAUGAUGCGGACCUUGCGGAUCUCGUGAUUUCAGAACAACCUGAUAUCAUUAUCUGUGCUGGCUGGAUGCAUAUUCUCGCACCAACAUUCAUUGACCCCCUGACUGCUAAAAAGAUACCAAUCAUAAAUCUUCACCCAGCACUUCCAGGAAAAUAUGAUGGAGCUAAUGCUAUCGGACGGGCUUUCAAUGAUUUUCAACAGGGCAAGUUGGAGAAUAACAAGACGGGCCUCAUGAUUCAUUACGUGAUCAGUGAAGUUGAUCGUGGAACACCAAUCGUGGUCAAAGAAGUGGAGUGCAAAAGUUAUGAAUCUUUAGAGGAACUUGAGGCGAGAAUGCACGCAGAGGAGCACAAACUUAUUGUUGAGGGAACAGCGAUGGCAAUAAAAGAGCUCUGGGCUCAGAGGAGUGAUGCAAAUGCUUGAAUUGUUAUUUAUAAGAAUAGCAAUCAUUAACGAACCCCCUGUCCCUCUUUCGCAUAUCGCUUCAUACUGCUGUCUAGCAAGUAAAGUCAUCCACGCUCAAAACCAUUCAA